GAAUUUCUACGGCUACCGUUGUGACAAACUACACUGUUUUGUACAGAGGGACCCAGUGAGGGCUAGAGUUUACCUUUGAGUGCAUGUGAAAGGAUUCGCGGGACGCAACCCUUCGCAUACCGAGCGAACCGUCCAUCCCCUUCGAGGAAUUUCAGUGUUUGGAAAAACGGAAAUAUCCGGUGUGACAGUUUGAAUGGGCGAAGUUAUUCGUUCACAUCGAAUGAGAAUGUUUGAUACAAGCACAAAGUCGGUGUGGUGAUUGGCGAUUAAUUAAGGUGAAAUUCGAGCGAAAGAAGAGAAGAAAGUGCCAAGAGGAAAACGAAGAAAGUGACAUUAACCUUAAUGCAGAAUGAAAGGCGUACUGUGAAUAGUAGAAGGAAAUGAAUGAAUGAAAUAGGCGAAGAUUUACAGUGAGAAACGCGAAAAGUGUCAUUUACUGGAGAAAAGUGGUUGGAGGAGUGGAAAUAAGCAAAACAGUUACUGAUAUCUGGAUUAAUGACAUCUAACGAUAAUUGCUGUUAAUCGAGCGAAAUAACAACACCAAUUAAAUCAGUUGAAAAAAGACACCACCAGCCCGAUAGAAACUGACCCGCGAUGAUCGUGAUGGUGAUGGCCAUGUUGAGGACGAUGCGGACUGGAAACGAAGUGGAAGACAAUCGCGACUUGCCGGCCGGGCGUUGGCAGCAGUGAAACAGGGGCAGGAAACGUGAAACGCGAGAUGAGUGAUAAGUGAUGGGGUUUCCUAAUCUCGCGUGUUGUGUUGUGAUUUCGGGCGUUUUUCGUAGUCGGGAUGGUUAUUUGAAAGUGUUUCAUUAAUUGCUAGCGCGGCAAUGAGCGAUCCUGGUGAAGAGCGAUGUUUGCGGGCAAUCGGUGAAAGAACAACGUGCGAGUGAGAGAGAAAAAAAAAUCAAGAAGAAUCUGCCGGAACCGUAGUGUACACGUUUGAGGUCGUCGAACGAGCCGGGGUUGGGCAAAUGCCGAAGAAGGCGAAAUAGGGGACUGACCAGCGAGAAAUUUGUGGAACACGCGCUCGGAAGCGUGCUACCACAAGUGCCAGUCGGUAGUCUGUAUGGAUGCCGGAGGUCUCCCAGUAUUUCCUGGCGCCAAUCAGGCCAAUCACCUGAACAAUCUCCACCUACAGCAGCAGCAACAGGCGCAACAGCAACAGCACCAUCUGCAGCAGCAGCAGAAUCAGCAACUGACUCUGCAGCAGCAGCAGCAAAUGCAGCUGAUCAACAGCCAACAUCUCCAGCAACAGCAACAACUCCACCUUCAGCAGCAGCAGCAGCAACAACAACAACAGCAGCAAGGGGAUCUGAUCCCCGCCAAACGGCAGGCAGUGUUCGAUCGGCUCAAGCGACGGAUAGAAACGUACCGGCGUCGGAACAGUGAUUGUGCCCCGCGGUUUGAACAAACUUUCAGUGGAGUGUGUGAACAGCAAGCCAACGAAACUAGUGCCCUGCAGAAGAAGUUUCUUGAGGCGAAGAACAAGCGUGCGUUGAAGAAAGCGGAGAAGAAACAGAGUGAUCAGCAGCCCCAGGUGCAGCCGCAGCAAUCGCAGUCACCGGCGCAGCAGACGACGAUUGCCGGAAACUUGCAGAGCAGUGUUCAUGUGCAACAAAAAUUCCUAAAGAGACCAGCAGACGACGUCGAUUCCGCCUCCGACUCGUACGAACCACCGGUCAAGCUACAGCACAACGGAUCGGAAAACCUUACCAAGUUCUCGGUGGAGAUCGUUCAGCAGCUCGAGUUCACGACGUCGGCGGCCAACUCCCAGCCGCAGCAGAUCAGCACCAACGUAACGGUGAAGGCCCUGACCAAUGCGUCCGUCAAGAGCGAGGGUCCCAGCCCUGCCCAGCAGCAACAGCAGCAGUCGCAGCAGAGCCAACCGGGAGCGAACGGAGGCGGAAAUGGUGGAGGAGGUCCCUCGGGAGGCGGCGCUGGAGGCCAUCCGUCAGUGCCAUCCCCACACAUGCACGACCUUGGCCGCAUUGUGGACUUCAAGCAGGAACCGGAUACUAACGAGUUCGCCGAUCUAUCGGCAGCACUCGAUAAGGACGCCGCUGCCAACGGACACUUCCCGGGUCUGUCCGAUCUUAUCGGAGACGAUACCGACAAUGGCAGCGACGCCUUCAAGGAUCUCAUCUCGGAACUCUCCGAUCUGCCACGGGACUUCCUCAACUUUGACGACAAGCACCAAACCCAGCCACAUCAGCAUCAGCCACCCCACCACCACCAGCAGCAGCCACCCCUUCAGCAGCAACCUCCUCCUCAGCAGCAGAUGCUACACGCUCAACAGCAGCAGCAGAUCGAGGUGAAGCAGGAGGCCUGCAUAAAGCAAGAGCACCCAAGCCCCGGAAUGCUGGACAACAUGGGCAUCAAGCGGGGCAGCCCCGUGACGAACCAGUUCCCGAAUGCCUUCGGUAACGACGGCCUUCCUCCGAAACGGGGCCCAUACGGAAACCCCCAAAAUGGUCCCAUGUCUGAACUGUCACCAGCGGCUCAAACUCUCAAGCACAUGGCCGAACAACACCAGCACAAAAAUGCCAUGGGCAUGGGCUUCCCUCGAGGUCCUCAGCCCAACCAACAACGUCCGCCAUACUCCGAGUUUGCACAGUUCGGUCCCGGUCAGGACUACAUGAACAAUCCGAACAAUCCUGGCGGUCCGGGUGGGGUCGGCCCACAAUUCCACAAAGGCAAUGUGCCGCCAUUCCCAGGUGCGGACAUGAUCAAGCAAGAACUGUACUCCCCGCAGAACGAAUUCGAUCUCAAACCGCAGAUGGCCCGGAUGCCACCGGGCAUGGGUGGUCCAGUUCCCGGACAAAAGAUGGGUGGCCCCGGCCCGGGCGGUUUCACCAAAUCAAACCAACAGCAACAAUACUCGCCAUAUGGAUCGCCGGCUGGUGGUCUGCCCAACCACGGAAGUCCACACGGCCCGGGUUACAUUCCACCAAGGGGCCCCGGUCCGGGAGGCGGAGUACCUCCAGGACCCAACAACGUUGCUGGUGCUGGGCCGGGUGGAGUGGGUGGUGCUACCGGUGCUACCGGAGGACCAGGUGGGCCUGGUGGUGGCGGAGGUGCUGGACAGCAGGCGAAUGGUACCGGCGCCGGUGUACCUCCACGAGGUGGCCCCGGCGGCCCGAUGGGAGGUGCCCCCCCGAACGCAACCAUGCUGCAGAUGAAGCAGACUCAGCAACUGCACAUCAGCCAGCAGGGCCCGGGAGGGCAUGGAAUUCAGGUUUCCGCCGGUCAGCAUUUACACCUAAGCAGUGACCUCAAGACUGGCGUGUCCGUGGCAGCCCAGCAGGGUGUGUUUUUCAGCCAGCAACAGCAACAAGCAGCCCAACAAUCCAACCAGCAGCAAUCUCAGCAACCCGGCGCUGGUGGUCCUCAGCAAUCGCAGCAAGCUCCUGGUGGGCCUGGCAACCCACAGCAGCAGCAGCAACCACAGGGACCCAAUCAGAGCAAUCCGAAUGGGGGGAACAGCGGUAACAGCAACAACCCGAGCGGACUUGGUCAAAACAGCAGCGGGAAUAAUGGCAACAAUGGUAACGGCAACAACAAUCCUCAGCAGCAGCAAUCAAAUCAGGCACCACCAAAUACGUCGCAAGGUUCCUCUCUCGAAUCACAGUACACGGUUUCCCAGUCGCAAACGAUCAACUUCACGCAGCAAGCCCUGCGACAGCGGCAGCAACAGCAAGGCAACGUUCCCGGUGGCCCUGGGCCAAAUCAAGUUCCCCAGCAGCAGCAGCCCGGUGGACAGCCUGGUGGCCCCAAUGCUGCGGGAGUGCCCAACCCUCAAGGCCCACAGCAGCCGCAGCAGCCUCCGGUUGGUCCCAACUCCGGUAUUUCCACCGGUGGAAUGCCCCACGGUGGCCCCAUGGGAGGUGCCGUUCCCAUGGGUCAGAACCCGAAUGCACCGCUCGGAAUGGGUGGUAUGGGUAUGGGACCGAAUGGUGGUUUGAGUGGGCUCAGUUCGAUGGUUUCCAAUACGAUGGGUGGCCCGGGAGGGCAGAUGAUGCACAACAGUAUGGGUCCCGGAGGACCGGGAGGACCAGGUGGCCCGAUGAGCAUGCGAUACAUGCAACAGCAGCAGAUGAUCCGAGCGCAAGCUAUGCAACAACAGAUGGCAGUGGGCGGUCGGCCACCACCGCCGGACUACAAAGCAACUCAACAGGGUGGCAAUCCCAGUGCGGCCAUGUUGGCAGCACAACAGCAGCAGAUGUUACACGCCUCCGGUGGUCGGUUUCCAGCUGCGAUGCGGAGGAUAACACAGCAGCCUAUUCCGCCGUCGGGUCCAAUGAUGCGGGCUCAACAUGCGGCAUACAUGCAGCAGCACGGCCAUGGCGGUCCGAGAGGCUUGGGCGGCUUCGGACCAGGCGCAGGUGGCCCAGGUGCAAUGGGCGGUGGUCCAGUACAAAGGCCGCCGAAUGUGCAAGUUGGUCCCGAAGGAAUGCCUAUGGGAUCGCAGCAACAGGCAGAGUGGCGACACAUGAUGAUGUCACAGCAGCAAAGCAUGAGCUUCGGCUCCGGUGGGGGCAACAUGCGAGCAGGUUUCGGUGCAGGUCCAGGCGUGGCGGGUAGCGCAAUGGGAAUGCCAAACGGUGGCCCUGGUGGGCGAAUGGAUGGCAGUGGUGGACCAGGCGCUGGUCCCGGGGGUAUGACUCAGCUUCAGAUGCAGCAGCAAGCCAUGAUGAGGCAACAGCAGCAGCAACAGAGUAUGGGAAUGUACCAGGGCCAGAUGGGAGGUGGUGCUGGAGCGGGAGGAAUGGGCCAGAUGCAACAGCAGAUGACCAUGAUGCAGCAACAGCAGAUGAUGGGACAUAUGCAGAUGAAUCAGAUCCAUAUGAGUCAGUCGCAAACCAUGUCCAUUCAGCAGCAGCAGCAAGUGAAUCAGCAACAAUCUGUGAUGAAUUCGUUCAACAAUCCGGGUAUUGGCCCGGGUCCGGGUGGGGGUGGGCCAGGCCCCGGCGGCGGAAAUAACCCCAACAAUGGUAACAAUAGCAGCAACAACGGUAAUAGCAACGCGAACAAUAGCAGUAGUAACAACAACGGUGGUGGCCCUAACGGCGGCAACAGUUCCUCCGUCAUGUCGAACGCGGACUUCAGUUUGGAGUUCCUGGACGAUCCGAGUCAGUUUAACGCUCAGGAUUUGCUCAGCACCUUGAACGAGAACUUCAACAUUCAGGACAUUCUGUAAGCAAGGGUGCUGAAGUUUUCCCUUUGUUUAGUGCAUUUACAAGGCAGUGAGCCAUAGGCUCGUUUCCAAUGCAACAACAAACUUGCAUGCAAUGCCUCCUUGGAUGGGCUGAAGCAAAUCGUAGCUGAACCGUGGUAGAGAUAUUUAUUUAAAAAAAAUCAAAAAACGAUAGCGAAAAGAAGACGAAUCAAAACUAAAGAAACACAGUUCUAAGAGAAUAAUGCAACAAUGGGAAGGUGCGCGCUAAUUAGCACCCCCAGCUACUGUAAAUAUGAGACUAUUAUUAUUAUUAUUAUUGCUUAAGUAGUGUACUUUGCUUACUCGUUACAAACACCUAAUCUUAAAGCCAGUGACAAAA